UAAUGCCUCCUGGAAUUCACCCUUCCUUUUGUUUUUGGUGAUUCAACAUGGCAGUAAUGGCAAAGAUUGUUGUGUUGGUUUUCAUUGCUAGUUUCAGUAAUGUUUUUUGUUUUCCAAAGAGGGAAGUUGCCCAUGAGGUGGAUGUUUCAACAACACCGUCUCCCAGCAAUCAGACCCAAACUGAGGCUGUGGGUGGUGCAAGUGAAGAUGUUGAAGGAGGCACUCCAGCACCUAAACCCCACAAUCAGACUACUACUGCACAGCCUGAUGUGACUGAUGGGCCAAGUGAAGAUGACGUGGUAACUGCAACCCCAAGUCUCCAAAACCAGACAACACCUGCUGCCCAAACAGAAAAUGCUGAAACAGAUGGGCCAAGUGAAGAUGGCAUGGUAACUGCAACCUCAAGUCCUCAAAACCAGACAACACCUGCUGCCCAAACUGAAAAGGCUGAAACUGAUGGGCCAAGUGAAGAUGACAUGGUAACUGCAACCCCAAGUCUCCAAAACCAGACAACAACUGCUGCCCAAACAGACAAUGCUGAAACCGAUGGGCCAAGUGAAGAUGGCAUGGUAACUGCAACCUCAAGUCCCCAAAACCAGACAACACCUGCUGCCCAAACUGAAAAGGCUGAAACUGAUGGGCCAAGUGAAGAUGACAUGGUAACUGCAACCUCAAGUCCCCAAAACCAGACAACACCUGCUGCCCAAACUGAAAAGGCUGAAACUGAUGGGCCAAGUGACGAUGACAUGGUAACUGCAACCUCAAGUCUCCAAAACCAGACAACACCUGCUGCCCAAACUGAAAAGGCUGAAACUGAUGGACCAAGUGAAGAUGAUGUGGUAACUACAACCCCAAGUUCCCAAAACCAGACCAUGUCAUCUGCCACAGAGUCACCAGAUGAACCAAGUGAAGAUGCUGAGGUUGCCACCACAACCCAGAAUGCCCAGAACCAGACCACUUUGGCCCACACUGUAGGAACUGAUGGUCCAAGUGAGGAUGCUGUUGUGUUAACCACCACACUGCAAAAUGGGACUACCCCUGCCCAAGAUGUAACCACCAUUACUGACUCCCAUGAUGACUCCUGAUGUGACUCUCAGAAUGCUAAUGCUUAAUGGAAUUCUUGGCUCU